AUGGCCGCAGACGACUCGACGGGCCGGCCCAAGCGGUCGAACAUCGCGUGCGAGCGGUGUCGCAAGCGGCACAUCAAGUGCGACGGCGAGGGCCCGCCGUGCAAGCGGUGUGCGGCGGCGAAUUCCGCGUGCGAGUACACUGAGGGGGAGGCCAAGGUUGUGAUAUCGAUGAAGUACCUAAGCAAGCUACACGACGAGAUCUCGCGGCUCAAGAUCGAGAACGCUGUUCUGCGCAGCGCCACAAAGGCGGGCACUGCGGAUCCCGUGGCGAAGCAGAAAAGCACAGAGCCAGAGUCGUUGUUCAAGCAGCCGGUCACGAGCUCGACCAACAUGAAUAUCAACCAGCUGCUGAACCACGAAAACAAGACAGAGCACAGGGGCAGCGAGGUGAUCCCGCCGUUUCUGGACAAGUACGGCAGCAUGGUGCAUUCGCGCACGGGCGAGGGCUUCUACAUCGGCAAUUCGUCCAUGACUCUUUUCGGGCUGGAGAUCAACCGGCUGAUGGCCCCGCUGAUGAAGAGCCGCGGCUCGCAGUCGCUGGACGCGCCGGAGCUGGGCACGGGGGGCGACACCGUGCUGGAGCGCGAGGGCAACGCGUACAGAAUCAUGCUGGGACAGACCCCGUCGCGGUCGGGCACGAACGUGAACUUUGCGCUACCCAGCUACAGCUACGCGAUGCUGCUGGUGGACACGUUUAUUUCGUACAACGACGGGUGUUUCUACUUCUUCAACGAGGGCCUCGUGAAGGAGAACCUGCGGCGGAUCUACAACGACGACGGGAGCGGGCCCAAGCCGGACUUCGGCGGAGACGGCAGAGACGAGUCUGUGCUGGAAACCAUCUGGUUCUGCAAAGUGCUGCUGAUUUUCGCGGUCGGGGAAAUAUAUCUGGGGACCGUGAACGACCUCAACGGAUACAAGCUCAGCGACAAGCGCAAGAAACAGAAGCUGGCCAAGUCGCCGCGGCUGCCAGGGUCGGGCUUUUUCCUGCAGGCAAGCGAGCUUUUCACCGCGCUUUUCUCCAGCGGAGCCAUCGACAACUGCGCGAAAAAGGGCGGCAUCGAGGUGCUGCUGCUGUACGCGUUCUAUCUGCAGGUCGCCGACUGCACGAUAUCGUCGUACUUCUACUUUGGAAUCGCGCUGCGCGCGUCGCUGAUCCUCGGCUUCCACGUCGACGUCGGAAAAGACUCCAUCAACCGGUACGAGCUCGAGCACAGACGCCGGCUCUGGUGGACCGUGUACAUUUUCGAGCGCAUGCUCGCGUCCAAGGCAGGCCUGCCGCUCUCGCUCACCGACGACGACAUCUCCACAGAGCUGCCCGACGAUUUCGACAUGUCGAGUCCGCCGCCGGGCUGCGAACACUACAUCUUCCCCGAGGCAGAGUUUAUCCGCAACUGCGUGAAAAUCACCCAGAUCAACGCAAACAUCCUGCGCAGACUGUACACGCGCCAGCCGUCCAGCAACAUCCUGCCCAUCGUGCACGAGCUCGUGGUGAGCCUGUUCAACUGGAAGAAAAAACUGCCCGAUUACGUAAACUGCGACUUCCAGCAGCCGGAGAUCAACGUCAGCCGGCUCGUCGUCAACAUGAUGACCGAGUACUUCCAGGGCCUCAACCUGGCGGUGCGGCCGCUGCUGUUCCACUUUGUGCUGGUGAACUUGCGCGCGCAGAACCCGAAAAACGGCGUCUUCCUCGACCUCACCAAGUACUCGUCCACCGUGCUCACUCUGCUCAACGCCUCGUUCCAGGCCUCCAUCAACACCAUCCGCUCGCUCUGGGCGCUCGUCCCGGAGAACAUGCUCGCGCUGUUUGGCUACAUGGACAGAGAGUACCUGUUCACGUCCACGGCGACGCUGGUGCUGUUCAACGCCACGUUCGGCGUGCACGACGCCACGCUCGAGCACCUGGACCACGCGCUCGUCAUGUUCACCAAGAUGCGCAACCUUGGCAACCACCCGGCCGCGCUCAGACGCGACCAGAUCCUCAAACUGAUGACGCUACUGGACUUCAACGGCCGCAACGCAGAGCUUGUCAGAAAACACACAGACAACGUCGACGCACCAACGCCCGACUUCGACCACGACCCGUCCAGCAGGGCGCCCGUGCUCAGCCGGCCGGACUCGGGUCUCCACCUGAGCGAAACGGGUCUGCGAAACCAUCUGUUUCGAGACACGCUAUCGCCAAUGGUGUCGGAACCUCCGAGCCAGAGCCAGUUCUUCUCGCCGUCCCUGCUGCCGUCGAUGGCGCCGCUCAGCGACGUGCCGGACCUCUCAGACAUGGUGGCAGGCUCUGAAGACAUACAGCUGUGGAGAGACGUGACGAACCAGGCCGUCUGGCUGGCGGGCGACGCAGAAACAGACUUCAAUAUUCUAAGCAGACUUUAA